GAUAUUUAUGUUUAUUGGUAUACUGUGUUCUUUUCAGGUUACUGUUCUUUCAAAAUAAUUUUUUGGUGCUGAAAAGAGGCACAAUGACAACUUUCAUAGAAAAGUUUCACUCUAUUGAAGGUGUAACAAUAGGUGAAAGAAAAAGGAAUUUCCAUGCUUUGUUAAAAGCUGAAUUGCUUAAUGAAAACCAAGAUGAACUUGUCAAAAACUUGGUCCCAAAGACCUUUCUGGAAAGUUUAUUUCGCUUAGAAAUUUUGAUCUGGUUAAAGAGAAAGAAUGAACUACUAGAGUUACUGAAAGAAGGAAAUGAUAUUUAUACUAGCAAGAUUAUCAAAGAUGGUUGGUGUUUUCAAGAAGUUUUCAAUGAUGUCAGCAUUGAGGAGCUGGUCAACCAAUUUUUACCAGAGUUGUCAUAUUCUGUUCGAAUGAAGGUAUUAAAGAAAGUUAGUGGCAAUUUUUGUGAAGAGAAAAAUGAUAAACUCUUCGACGCGUUAAUGGACAGAUAUGGCCUCUUCUUGGCUACAAAUUUCCUUUGUUACUGUACUGUGGAAAAAAUCACAGAUGUUUUAAGGAACCAUGAAAUAAAAUUGCACUCUGGUCACCUUCAAAUUUUCUUUAAGAAGGAUCCAAAUUUAGUUUUAAUUUAUGCUGAAGAAUAUUACAAGAACACAGAUAAACAUUUUAGCGACACAAAAUUUCUAAAGUACAUUUCGCAGAGAGACUUGGAUUUUUUUUUCAAGCUGCGAGACAAGUGCAAAAUGAGCGUUAAAGUCGGCACGAGAACAACCAAAAAAAUCAUCGAAUUGAAAAAGGACGACAUAAUUGCGAAUCCUAAGUCAUACACUGGUAUCCUCAAGCCGAGCGCAGUGGCGAGAAAACUGCAGAAGGAUUUUGAACAGUUUUACUUCAAUUUGUUCCCAAAGCAGAAAGUUCCAAAUGAAGUGGAUUACUGUAGUUGGUAUCUUAGACAUGCUCCUUCAAAAAGACAGUACAGUCUCUUGGCAGAUACAUAUAAGAAAGUGUACAACAAAGACAUCACGGAAAAUGAGGACUGGAUGGGUGAUACGGAAAUAUUAGAAUGCAUGAUGUCUGCUAAUCCCGAGAAAUGUGAAGUAGUCGCUAAGAAAGAAUACGACAAAUCUAACGACAACAAUUUCCUCAAAUUUCUACCACUAAGCAAGAGCAUUCCUAUACUCAAAGAUAAAAUCAAUCUUACAUCUAAUAUUAAUGAUAGAAGAAAUCUUUGUCAAUUAAUGGUGGACUUUUGUGCUUAUCACAAGGAUUUGAAGGUUUUGGAGGACGUUAUGGCUUAUUUCUGUAAGAGACACAGGAAUGAUGACACUUACACCAGACACAACUUUCUUUCUACUAUUACUAGCCAUUUUAAAUAUGAAGAUUUUAACGAGACUCACUGGAACUGUUUGGUUGACUUGUGGAAAUUGCACAAAAUGAAAAAUGAGAGGCAACCUGAAUCAAUGCUUCUAUUUUAUAAUAUUGUAUUUUUGCAUAAAAAUAACAAGCCAGUAAAAGAAAUGGUAGAUUUAUAUACCAAGGAAAUAUUAGAAUCACAUACAUUCUCCCAUUGUUGUGACUGGAAAUAUAGUCCUGAAAUUUCGAAACAUAUAAUGCUACAAUUGAUUGAGCAAAUUCCAAUAGAAUCAAAAGACAAUUUUCAAGCCACAGUUGAUAGUCUUUUGUCGACAAUUAUUGAAUUUAAUGAGUCUUGUCCUCACCAGGCUAUCGAUUUUUAUAAUAUUCCUUUAUUUGUCACGUUGCUUAAAUUGAAGAAGGAAAAGUAUCAAUACUAUGCAAAAACAGAAAGAAAAUUGAUAUGCAAAAUUAACAGAAAUCAAUUUGAAACUGAAGUUAUGCAACUUUAUUUAUCUAAUAUUCCUAAGACUUACGACAUUCAUACCGUAAAGUGGUUUUUUAAUAACGAAAUACUUAUUUUUGCUAAGUAUUUUGAUGGAUUUGUUCAAACAAUGCUUAGAUACAAUUUCGUUAACACAAAACAGCCUAAUUUAUGGUACAAAAUUAAAAAAUAUAGUCACUUAAAACUUGAUGAGAAGGCCUCGAUGUACUUAAAACAACAGCUAUUUAGUGAGCAAAAAGUUGAACAUAAAAUAAAAUCAGUAAAACCAUUACUCUACACUUUGAGUCCGGAGGAUUGCUUACAAUUAUUUAUGCAAUACUCUCCUAAAUCCGGAAAAGUGGAUAUGGAUGAUCCAGAAGCCAGCGACUUGUACCGAUUGCAAUGUGCUGUCGCGGAGCAUUUGAAAUUUUUACCCAACAUGUCGGUUGCUUUACCUCUGAUUCAAAAUUUCUGCAUAGGAGAUUAUCUCGGAAAAAAUUUGCAGUCUCUUUAUAGUGCCACAAAUAGAGUACCAGAAAACAAAAUGGAAUUAGUUUUGAAUAAUCUCUCGAAGCAGGCGGUUUCUGUUAGAAAGCAUUCUCUGUUUUUGUCUUGUCAGAUUUCCAAAGCAACUGUGGUGAUUGAUAAGUUAAAAUUCUUUGCAACCAAAGAACAAAAUCUUUCAAUUAAAAAACACUUGUAUUCCACAGCAGUUAAGUAUUUCUUAAAAAAUCCGUCCCAAGAGACGUGGAAUUUGGUCAAGGAAUACAUUAAUUUUAUUGACAAGUCUGACGAAGAGUCCUUAAAAAAUUUGGCUUCGUGUAAUGUGACGAAGAGAUAUCGUCAUUUGUAUUGGCAUGCUGCAUGGGACUAUUUUGAGAAAAAUGCUGACAACUUACCUGUUAAAUCAUACCUCACAACUCUUUUGAAUCAGGUUAACAAAGAUUUACUGAAACAGUUACCCGUAGAAUUUAAUCAGAAAAUGAUUGGUCAACAUUUCCUUAACAGAAAAAGUGUCCUUGAUGGUUUCACGAUUUUAAGAUAUGCGGUGUUGUUUUUGCUGUGCGAAAACAGAAUCGAUUCUUUCAAAUUAAUUUUUUCUGCAAUUAAUAAGUAUAAAGAAGCGUUUUGGAAAGAUGUUGGUGAUGUGAGGAUUUUAAACUUUUUUAACGAGUUUAUUACAAAAAAUAAAGAAGAAUAUUUUUCAAAGGAAGCAGUGGAGAAGUUUACGACUUAUUGGGACGAGACAUUUUUGCCAAUAGAAACUUUUAAACAGUAUGUUUUACUGAGAAUUGUAAAAAUAUUUCUUGAGACUAACGCUGAUCUGGAAGAAUAUUCUAAAAAUGUUACACAUUUUAUAGAAAAUACUUGUGCUGAAUAUGGUACAUUUGUCGCUUCUAAAUUAAGCGGCUAUAUAAGAUUUAUUAAUGGGUUACUUUUGGCUGAUAAAACGCAGAAGUUGGAUUUCAUAAAAUCUAUCGUGAAAUAUAAGCAAAAUGUUGUUGUUGAUGUGAUUGCUUUACAAUUGUUGACCAGCAUAGAUCAAGAUAGUGGUGAUUAUAAAGAACUUCUAAAGCAGUUUUUACAGAAAGAUGAUAUUUCAUUGCAAGUACUAGUUCAUUUACAUUGCAGAGGACAAUAAAAUACUUUUCUAACAUAGAAAGUAUAUUUAUUAGUCUUAUUUAUUACUAUAAAUUGUGAUAUUUUAUUAUGGGGUUAAUAUGUACUAAUGUAUAAUAGGCACAUUAUAAUAUGAAAUUAUGUUUAAGUAGUAAAUUAUCAUUACAAUAUAUACAAUAAAACUUAUGUUAUUUGAAAGAAAUUAAUAAAAUUAAUCAUUUCACAA